AUGUCGUGCCCGUUGUUCUUCGUAGUCGCCCGUGUCGUCGGGUCAGAUGGCUCCCUGGAAAAGUGGAAAGAAAGACUCGUAGCCCUCUGCGCCGUCUCCGCAACCGAACCCCUAGGAAACAGCUACUACUGGGGCCACGACCUCUCCGCCUCCUCCCCAGACACCCUCUGGGGCCUCGAAGGGUACACCCACCCGGCGGGCUUCUUCCUCGGCCACACAUCAACCGACGUCUUCAAGCGCGAGAUGCGCCUCGCGGACGAGCAGAAGCUGCUAAAGACCGUUCAGGGCAUCGGCAGCCCGGAUUACGAUCUGCAUCACUAUGAUAUGGCUGGCGGCUGGUUGAAGCGGGAUGAUGACUCUGGGAAGGACUCUCGUGAUAGCGCGGUUGCUGUUGUUCAUUUUUGGGCGGCUGAGGAGGGGGAAAGGGAGGAGGUUGUGAGGAUUCUGGAGUGGUUUGCGAAAGCGCAGAGGGAGAGGGUGGUUGGGGAGGGGGGGUUGCAGAGUUGUGCUGUUUUGAGGGAGGUUAUGGAUAGGAGUUUGGUGACAUUGUGGUUACGCUUGCUGACACCUGCUUCGCUUCUCGCCACAUGUAGUGCAAAGACUCUAGAGCACCUCAAGUCUCAGUUGGAGACAAAAGACUACAAGGACUUGCUCGCAACUUUGCAGCCGUUGGCUGCCAGGACAGAGACGCACUUAUCGCAAGUAUUUAAUGGGCACAUUGAUCAGCCACCGAAAGGGACUGGUGUGUGA